GGCUCUGCAGUAUAACUUUUAGUAAUCAGCUGGCUUUAAAUUACUAUACGUGCGUAUUGGUUUGUUGGGUAUAAUUGCCAGGAUAAGCACAAAAAGUAAAUAGGUUGAAAUCCUGUGACAGAAAGUAUAAAUAUGGAUAACUCUGUGAUUGCUAAAAGUGGAUGGCUUUUGAGACAAUCAUCUAUUCUGAAUAAAUGGAAAUGGAGUUGGGUUGAAUUUUAUCGAGAUGGACAGCUGAAAUAUUAUGAAAAUGAACACAGCCCCAAUGCAGAUGAUAUCAUCCACAUUACCAUGGAAUGUUUAGCCAUAAAAUCAGGCUCACAGGUUGAAGGUGUACAGCCCCCUGAGGGUUUAGGAGUUCAGAAUCUGUUCUCUGUAGCUGCUUCUUCAGGAAAAACAUGGAUAUUCUGUGGAGAAUCACUAGAUGAUAUGAGGGCCUGGCAGCUAGCUUUGGAGCAAGUAAGGAUGUUUGGUGUGCAGCCCAGAGCCUGUGGACAGCCACCUCCUUAUUUACCAUACUCACCUGGUUAUCUUCCCGGCUAUGCUGGAGAUAGUCCUGUUACUUACAUUCAGCCAUACCCUUACCAACAAGCACCAUAUUAUCCUUAUCUCUCUGCUUAUGAAUCCCCACAGAUCCAGAGUCCAGUUGUUUACCCACCUCAACGUUAUUAUAGACCUGAUGGUACAGAUAUGUCUAUGAGGAUGCUGACAGGUUCUGCUCCUGGGACAAUGAUGUGGACUCCUGUUUUGUGGUGGUAAUAAUAGUUCCAGAAGAAGAACGUUUUCCUUUUUGUAGUAACCUGAAUAUAGCUUGAAAGUAUAUGUCAACUUUAUGUAGCUUCUAAACAGUUGAACAAAACAAGAUAACUACAUGUCAGAGAAGAUUUCUUUACAUCAUUUGUGCAAAUCACAAAAGCUAGGAAUCAUUUUUGUUAUCCUAAAUUGUUUUUGAUGUGAUAGAUAGUUGUUGUUUGUUUGAUAUACACAAUUUUCAAGUUCGUUUCUGGUUCUAUAAACUUUUUAAAAUAUAACUUUAUUGCCAUUCCCAAUAAUACUGCAGGUCAUACUACAAUAAUACUACUUAUUUCAAUUUAUUUCUGACUGAUUGUCUUGUAUUAUUUUAUGUUUGAUGUAUAAAGCACAUAAUAAAUGUUAUAUGAACAAUUCAAUACCCA